CUCUUCUGUCCCUCCCUCGACUUUCCUCCCUCCACCUUACUUGAGGACUUCCGAGGAUGUUACCCUAUCUCGGCUAUCUGCUGCUGCUGUUGCUCAGCAAGCCUCUGCGGGCCAAAGAGGUUGUCUACGACUUCAAUGUCACCUGGGUAACGGCCAAUCCCGAUGGCCUGGCGGACCGCAAGGUGGUGGGUAUUAACGGGCAAUGGCCCUUGCCCGUCAUUGAGGUCGACAAGGGGGAUCAGCUCGUCGUGAACAUGUAUAAUGGGCUGGGGGACAAGAGCACCAGUAUUCACUUCCACGGGAUGUAUCAGAAUGGCACCAACGAGAUGGAUGGGGCUUCGAUGGUCACGCAAUGUCCCGUGGCCCCAGGGUCCAGCAUCACCUAUAAUUUUACCGUCAACCAGAAUGGCACCUACUGGUAUCACUGCCACACCGACUACUGCUACCCAGACGGCUACCGCCAGGCCCUAAUCGUCCACGACAACAACUCCUACUUUGCCAACGAGUACGAAGAGGAGUUCACCGUGACUUUAAGUGACUGGUACCAUGAGCUGGCCGAGGAUAUCAAGCCCGAGUUCAUGUCCGUCUACAACCCGACCGGUGCCGAGCCCAUUCCCAAUUCCUGGCUGUUCAACGACACGCAGGGGAUGAGCCUGUCAGUAAAACCAAACACCACGUAUCUGCUGCGGCUGGUCAACAUUGCCGCGUUCACGGCGCAGUAUUUCUACAUCGAGGACCACAACUUCACGAUCGUGGAGAUCGACGGAGUGUAUACCGAGCCCACGGAGGCAAACCUCUUGUAUGUCGCCGUGGCGCAGCGGUACAGCGUACUGCUGACUACCAAAGACACGGCGGACAAGAAUUACGCCAUCGUCACCGUAGUGGACUCGACGCUGCUGGAUACCAUCACCCCCGAUCUCCAGCUGAAUCACACCAACUGGCUGGAGUACGACGCCUCGGCCACGAAACCGCAAGCCAACAUCACGGUGGCCGAGUCGUCCGACCUGAGCCCCUUCGACGACGCCACCCUCAUCCCUUACGACCACAUGCCCCUCCUGGAGAACCCGACCGUGACCGUCAACGUCGCGGUGGUAAUGGACAACUUGGAUAACGGCAAGGGCUAUGCCUUCCUCAACGACAUCAGCUAUACCGCCCCGAAAGUGCCAACCCUGUACAGCGUCAUGUCGGCGGGCGAUCUGGCCACCGACGCCACCGUCUACGGCGACUUCACGCACACGCAGGUGGUGGACCACAUGGAUAUCGUGGAGAUCAUCCUCAACAACAACGACACGGGCUCGCACCCCUUCCACCUGCACGGCCACGUGUUCCAGGUGGUUGACCGCUAUCCCCCGUACGGAUCGGACUUCUUCGAGUUCGCCGACGCGGGCAUCCCCCAGCCCUACGACCCUAACAACCACUCCGCCUUUCCCGCCUACCCCCCGCGCCGCGACACCAUCGUCGUGCCCCCCGCGGGCUACGUCGUGCUUCGCUUCCGCGCCGAUAACCCCGGCGUCUGGAUCUUCCACUGCCACAUCGACUGGCACUUGAUGCAGGGGCUAGCCAUGACCUUCGUCGAGGCCCCGCUCAUGAUCCAGGAGAAGCUGACCAUCCCCGCCGACCAUUACGCGGCAUGUGUCGCCUCCGACGUCGAACACGAGGGCAACGCGGCCGGCAACACGGUCGACCUGUUGGACCUCAGUGGGCAGAACCAGCAACCCGGCUGGAUCCCCGAUGGGUUCACCACGCGCGGUAUCGUGUCCAUGGUUUUCACCGUCCUGAGUGCGAUCCUGGGCAUGGGUUCGAUUGUUCUUUACGGGCUGUCAGACCUCAAGCAUGCGAAGAAGCCCGAGACGCAGGCGGAGGUCAGUGGGCAGGGUGUUCAGGGUGGUCAGGACGAUGAGUAUCAGGAUUAAGAGCGUGGGGAGUGGAGGGCGUGGUGAUUGGCGUGGGAUUCUCCCUAAAAUAGCGUACCUUUGUUAAUAGCCUAUCUUAUCCUAUUUUAAUGCUGUAUAAUGAUUCCCUUUGUGACUUUUCUUGGAUGUGCAGUGCGUAGCCGGGGGACUGCGUUGCGCCGGGACAUCGUAGCGGUCGGUCU